CUUGUUUUUUUGAAUUUCGUCUCCCAAGAAAAAAGCGACGGAUUACACGCACUGAUGCUACAGGGUAUCGUGUAUUGGUGAUGAAAUGCUGAUCACAGUAACCUUGAAAUGUAAACGAGAGCCCACCAUUAUGACGCCAUCUCCUAUAAUGAAACAAACAUCCAUCUCUCUCUCUCUCUAGAUCUCUCUCUCUCUCCCUCGCACUCUGUAUAUAAUAUGCCUUUCUCUCUUUCUACCCCGCACGCGAAAACUCUCUCCAUCAUCGUGAUAUAAUUACGUACCAACAAAAGGGUUCGUCAUUUUUUAUGUUCUUCUUGUGUACACCUAUAUUCAUAUUGAGGAGAGAAGAAAUUUCGGGUCGGAUCAAAGAACGUUGAUCCUUGUCUGAAAUAAUCGGUAGGGGUCAGCAGUUGCCGAUUAUUGAGUACUUGUGUGUACAAAUUGUUGAAUUGAUGAGAACAGAGUGAGUAAUUCAACUGUGACUGGGAAUUCUUGGUGGAAUUCAUGAUCCUGAAUUUCUGCAAUGGGGCACUUGAACGCCGAGAAGAAGUGGGUGUUCCCUCUUGUUAUAAGUUCACUAGUCUGCGUUUUCAUUCUUGCGACCUCCUUCAAUAUGGGGCUUGUGUCCUCGGUAAACACAAUCAAUUCGAUCUUUUCUCUGUUUCGUUCUCGUGCUUUGACGAAUCAAACCAUCCCCAAUUUUGCCGAGGCAAAGGUUAGCCAAGCUCCGAGCCCGCCUGCUCGUCCUCCCAUUCCAAAAUUUGCAUAUCUGAUCUCCGGAUCAAGAGGUGAUUUAGAGAAACUUUGGAGGACUCUUCAUGCUCUGUAUCAUCCAUGGAACUACUAUAUUGUUCAUCUGGAUCUCGAGUCACCACCAGAGGAGAGACUUGAACUCGCAUCUCGGGUGGAAAAGCAUCCUAUUUUCACAAAAGUUGGGAAUGUGUAUAUGAAUGAAAAGGCGAAUAUGGUGACGUAUAGAGGGCCUACCAUGGUUGCUAAUACUCUGCACGCAUGUGCGAUUCUUCUGAAGAAACACAAAGAUUGGGAUUGGUUUAUUAACCUUAGUGCCUCAGAUUACCCUUUAGUGACUCAAGACGAUCUUCUGUACACAUUUUCUGACUUGAAACGAGGACUCAAUUUCAUGGAACACACAAGCGACUUAGGCUGGAAAGCGACUCACAGGGCAAUGCCUUUGAUUGUUGAUCCUGGACUCUAUGAGACAACCAAGUCCGACAUAUUUUGGGUCGCACCUAACAGAAACUUACCUACCGCGUUCAAAUUGUUCACUGGUUCAGCUUGGAUGAUCUUAUCACGGGCGUUCGUCGAGUACAUCAUAUGGGGUUGGGAUAAUCUCCCAAGAACCCUUCUUAUGUACUACUCGAAUUUCCUCUCCUCCCCCGAGGGCUAUUUUCAGACGGUCAUCUGCAACAUCCCAGAAUUUAUCCCAACCGUUCUCAACCAUGACAUGCACUACAUUUCUUGGGAUAACCCCCCACAACAGCAUCCUCACGUUCUCUCCCUAAACGACACCGAGAAAAUGAUUGCCAGUGGUGCUGCUUUUGCACGUAAGUUCCGACAGGACACUCCUGUCCUGGACAAAAUCGACAAAUCAUUACUCAGGCGACGAAACGGGAGCUUCACGAUGGGUGGAUGGUGUGCAGGCAAACCGCGUUGCUCCAAGGUUGGAACUCCAACGAAGCUCAAACCAGGUCCUGGUGCAGGUAGGCUUCGGGGACUUAUAGAUAAACUAAUCUCGUCUGCACAGUCCGGCCAAGAACAGUGUACCUAGGUUUUAUUGUAUCAAUUUUGGUCCGAGGUAGUAUAAAAAGGGAAUAUUCACAUUUGGUGUUUCUCAAGCUCCAAUAAUGCAUUAGAAUACUUGAUUGAAGAUACAGCUCCACAGCCCCAAUUUUUGUGGCUUCUUUUCUUCAUGUACAUAGGCUGGUUAUAAAGGUAGUUUCACAUUUUA